AUGGACCGAAGCCAUCCCUAUCGUCAACAUCUAAUCAGAAACAGUGGCGCAAGAAUUGGUAAACCACUGGAUCGCCCGUUUUGGUGUACCCUUCAAGUAACGACCGACCAAGGACGCCAAUUCGAAGCCGCCCUAUUCCAAAGUUUGUCCAAACUAAUUGGUUUCAAGCGGAUCCGGACGACGGCAUACCAUCCACAGGCAAACGGAAUGGUAGAGCGUUUUCACAGACAACUCAAAACUGCCCACCGUUGCCACGCCAAGACCCGAUGGAUGCAAGCCCUACCGAUCGCCCUACUUGGGAUACGUAACGCCUGGAAAGAAUAUAUCCAAGCCACCGUAGCCGAAAUGGUAUACGGGCAGGUAUUAAAACUUCCCGGUGAACUCUUCGAGAAGCAGACGACCGAACCUAACAUAGGACCCGAGACCUUCGUCACGCAGCUACGACAACACAUCCAAGAGUUACGACCAACGCAAGCAUCGAAUCACGACACCAGACGACGAAUGUUCACACCCAAACACUUCGAUACCGUCACCCAAGUCUACAUACGAAUAGACGCAGCCCAACGACCGUUGCGCCCGCUGUACGAAGCACCAUAUCCGGGUAUUUAG